AUGGGUCACUCGGCGCUCGACAAGAUGACGCGAGCGUACAUCACCGCCAUUCCGGUGGGGGUGGUGAUGAAGAAGGCCGGUUACUCUGGUUACAAGCAGGACUACUUCUUGGGCCGGAGCAGGGUGGAGCCCUCCGAUAAGCUCUUGAAGCUCCUCGGCGAGCACAUCUUCCCCGGCGUCGACGACAUGCUGAAGACGGCGGAAGGGAAGGCUGUCGUGGGGUCCGACGCCGACAAAGCCGCGGUGCACUUCUGGCGCGCACUCCAGAUGCUGCGCCGCAUCAUCGCCGAGGACCUAGCGGUGAAGCUGGUCCGCACACCAUGGCACCCGUACGUCCAAGGCUCCCUGCUCUGCUGGAUCCCCUUCUUCCACCACUGGGCGAAACGGGUCGAGAGGGUCGACACCCAGACGACCAACAAGCAUCGGGACCCGACCCAAAUUCAGGCAGAGGAAAUCUCUGUCCGCAUGGACACUGAGUACUACAACAUAUCCCUCAAGGCGAAGCUGACGAAGGAGAUGGAGCGUGCCGCGAACGAGAGGAUUGACUUCCUAGAGGAGCUCGAGAAGCGCGACAACACCAUCGCGUCUCUCACCGCCGAGAUAACCCGUCUCACCGAGGCAAUCCGUGUGUCAGAAGCACGGAGAGUGCCGGAGGCCCCGCCGUGCGCUACCGCGCAAGCUCCCAGCGAGGGUGGCUCGGCGGAUUCGGCCAACAUGGGAGCCGGCGCCGAUGGAGGGGACGACAAACCCCCUCCACCCCCACAGACGGACGAGGAGGCUAGUUACGAGCUCAACGUGGUACAACCGUGGCGGGAGGCCAAGACCGUGAGGGACGCCUGGCCCCUCUGGAACUCCGCCAUCGCUAAUGACACCCGUCGGCUUUGCGACAGGAUCGCCGAGCCGGGGUUCAUCGACCGCCACACCCUCCUCGCCGGCGCAACGCAGGGUGCACUCAACAAGAGGGUGCGCCGCAUGCUGAAGGUCAUGGAUGCGGUGCGCCAGCUACGCGCGAGCGACGGCAACGCCGACACCAAGGUCGUGGUCGACACACUGCACAGGAUCGCGGCAUCGGGCAUUGGGACCUUCGCCGAUGCCCUCACGGUGCUCAAACCAGGAACGGCACCAAUGUUGUCCAAAGAGCCUGGUUUGGGAGUCAAGGGGCUGGGCCCCAAGGUGGUCUCGAAGCUACGCCUUGCCUGUGCGCUUGUGGCGCUCAACCUGAAGCAGAGUGAUUGGGUCAAAACCUUGUUUCCAGACACGUGGGAGGAGUAG